GUUAGGUUCAAAGUUCAUCACUCAACAAAUAGACUUCUCUUCUCCUCCUUCCUCUUCCCUGCCUUGUAACCAUGGCUUUGAAGGUUGGUCUCCUGCUGGUUGCAGCUCUGCUCUUAGUCAAUGCCACGGCUAUGGUCUCCGCCGAUGUCUCUGAAGAGUCACACAAAAAGACAAGACUCCGCUGGCCGAGGCUCCUCAUCACGGCAAGGAGAAGCACGAACACCACCACUUCCACCACGACCACGACCACCACCGCCACGACCACCACACCCCACCCCACACUUCCGGGAAGGUCGGCCAGGCCACUCCUCCCCACCCUGCCCCCACCACCCCCACCAUCUCCACCACGCCACUCCUCCCCAGCAUCCCCACCACCGCACCAUCCCUACCACGCCACUCCUCCCGAACAUCCCCACCACCCGCACCAUCCCUACCACGCCACUCCUCCCGAACAUCCCCACCACCCGCACCAUCCCUACCACGCCCCUCCCCUCACCACCACUGAGAGCCACCUGCGUCUCCACCAGUACGCGGGCAUUAAGGACUGCAAAGCCUGCUGCGACAAGGCCAAGUGUGUCCCCUCUGCCAGAUCCAGCUGCAAGCCCUGGGACUAAUAAUAUGCUCCUCUUAUAGGUUCUAAAUUGUACUUUCAUUUUGCUUGUGUUUUCUUCAAUUGUGGUUUGGAAAGAUGUUCUUUUGCUUCUCGUGAUAUCUCUGUAAUAAGUCCUGUGGGGAGGACAAUGGCUGCUUUCCGUGUAGAAACCCUGUAUUUCUUCUUUCCAGACUGAGUGUUUCUCUCGUUUGGAAUUUCUAUGAUACGAACGAAUUGACUGAAUUGCUGAUC